AUGCCGCAGCUUGAUGUUGAUGCUAAAGUGCCAAGCGAAGAGGCGCACUGGCGGAUUUGUUCAGGAUGGCACGAAGCUAGAAGACUGCCAUCUCUGCCCUCCUCGUCGGAACGGCCGUUGCCAACCCCUUCUCCCCCAUCAGUCACCGCCAAGCACGAUGCCCCUACCAAGAUUGCCCAUUACACGCCCAAGUUCCCCGGCAGCGGGAACUACAUGCCGUCCCGGGCAUCCAAGCACACCAACAAAUCACCCCGGCCCCUAAAGCGCGAGACCAGCGAGCGAGUACACAACACCAGCCUGGCCAACUACAACGUCAACAACAUCAAGGACGGCGUCGGCGGCGGCAACGACUCCUACACCAUGUACUGGGGCGACGGCAGUCACCAACGCCGGCUGGCCAUCCAAAAGUCGCUGUGUCUCCUUCGAAGACAUAGCACAAUGUUCAACUCGUGUGGCUGGAACGGCUGGGGCCCCAACAACAGCGGCCCCAAAGUAGGCGCCAUCUGGGAAGGCAUCCAAAAGGCCGCGGGGGCCAGCAGCGUCGACCACCGCUUCAUCCUGGCCGUCGUGAUGCAAGAGUCGAGCGGGUGCGUGCGCGUCCCCACGACAAACUAUGGCGUUCGGAACCCCGGCCUGAUGCAGGACCAUGACGGGGCGGCGAGCUGUAAUGACGGCGGGAAGGCUUGCAACCCGUGCCCGUCGGAUACCAUCUACAAGAUGAUUAGCGAGGGCACUGCGGGCACCGAUGACGGCGACGGCCUGGCGAAUUGUAUCAAUGGGGCGGGCGGAGGGGACGUGGCGGCGUUUUAUCGCGCCGCGAGGAUAUAUAACUCGGGGUCUGUGUCGUCCACUGGCCAGCUGCAGGACGGGAUUGCUACGCACUGCUACGCUAGUGAUAUUUCCAACCGCCAUACUGGCUGGGUUGGCGCGGCGUCCGAGUGUACUUGCGACAGUGACCCUGGGAGCUGUGGAAUCAAGACCAACUAG